AUGGUGGCACUCGACUGGGUUCAAAGGGCAGUGUUGUUGGCAGCAACGGUGUCGCUGACGAGUGGUUCACUAAAAGGAAAUCCAAACAAUUUGAGGGACUCUGGUGCCUAUAGCCUCCUCUUCCCGUGGAUUACCAGCCGUCAUUCGCCAAAGGCAAUUACUUCGGAAAGCCAGCAAUAUGCUGCCGUAGCUAACGAGGAUUUACAGCCGUCGGCAACAGGAUACAGAGGCAAGAGCUACAAUGGUGGGGAGUCCCACAAAGGGCAUGAGGGAUACAAGAAAUCGUACCAAGACGAAAAAGGCUACAAAGGACACAAAGGGCACAACGCUGACAAGGGAUACAAAGGAAGCCAUUAUGGAGAUCAAGGAAAGUCAGCGAAAAGCGGUUACCACGGAAAUGGCGACAAGCAUCGAAAGGGUCACGAAGACAAGCACAAGUACUACAGCGACGAACAAGAGGGUAAGAAAGGCAAGAAAGGGCAUCAUCACGGAUCGAAAGGCCACCAUAACAAAGGCUAUAAGGAUCAGGGCCACAAAAACGUCUAUCACAAGGAAGAAUACAGCCUCCACAAGAAGUUCUACGACGACGGAGAUGACGACAAAUACCAGAGCAGUUACGACGACUUCGACGCUUACUUCGAUGCUCACACGGGCAAAAAUUACCAUGGAGGCCAGUACAAGGGAGGAAAGCACCGCAACUCCCACGACAAGAAGAGCCAUCACGGGCGGGGAGCACACCACGCCGACCAUAGGGGCCACAAGGGGCACUACGGAGAGCAGGACGAGUAUGGACACAAGUCCACCCAGGGGAAGAAGGGCGGCCACAAGGACCACUAUGGUGAAAAUGAGCACAAAGGUCACAGUGGGUACGGUCACGGCGGAGGAGGGUAUGGAGACCACAGUGGUGUAUACAGCCAUAACCAUGGUAACUAUGACCAUGCUGGUGGCUACAGCCACCAUCAUGGCAGCUAUGGUAGAGGGCACGGCGGGGGAUAUCGCGACGACCAUGGGUAUGCUCACCAUACCUUUGGAGGCGGAUAUGGAGAUGCCCAUGUUGACGGCUAUGGCCACGACCACAGAAAUCUCCAAGACUGGAGUAAUGACAGUGGUUUAGUGGCUAUUGUAGAGGGGAAAUCUGAGUUUUCAGAGGUAGAAAUUCAAUCAAGGAAGCGAAUAUUUAGAGAAAAUUUAGCUAAUGCAGAUUAUAGUGAGCAUAUUGAAGUGGUAGGCGAGCUCUUGGCAGAAUUUGGGGAUACAGUAGCUUUACAAGGUGAUAAACUGGGAUUGACUAAUGUGUUAGAACAUAAGGUAAACUUAGAGAAAGGUACAAACCCUAUUUAUAUUCCUGCAUACCGCAUACCUUUCAAAACCAGAGAACAGGUUGAGAAAGAAGUCAAUAAAUGGGAAGAGGAAGGAAUCAUUAGACCUAGUGUGUCUCCAUACAACUUACCUCUGUUAGCAGUGCCUAAGAAGGACGGUUCUGUCCAUACUUUUCAAAUACGGACACACGAUGACUUUAGAGAAUUCCCAACUUCAAGCGAUGGUGACGACGGAAAGAGCUUGGUUCUGCAGUACCAGAGGUCGGAUCUUCUUCACACGAGCUAUGAUGUUACGGAUCGCCUUUGCAAUGGCAGAGAUGUCGUCGGUGGAUCGUCUCAAGAUAUGUUCUUGGACAAAUCAGGAGUCUUCAAUCUUCUACGAGGCGGGUGCAUAAAUAUCAAAUACAAUUAUAUAGCCAACCCUUCAUGA